UGAUGAACCAAUAGCAGAUCAUGGAGAUUAUGGAUCUAGAUACUUCAAUCCUGAAUGGUCGGAAGGGGAGAUUAAUCUUAAUUAUUUUGUAAAUGUUACAAAUAAUGAGGAUAAUCUUGAUAUAGUAAUUUCGGAAACUGUUAAUGGAGAGGACCACGUUAAUACCAUAAGGACACCAGAUGGUGUAUAUUUCCCAGCAACCGAAAUUGAGAACGCAGAUUGUGAGGCAUUGGAUCUAUCAUCUACAGGUUCGACUGGCUGUAUAAGAUUAGGUGUUGAGGGCGAAACGCAAUAUAAUCCAAUUGAUGUUACCGCGGCUGCAGACUCUGACAACGGAUUUACAAUGGGUAAUGAUGGAUCACGAGCAAACCAAUGUACGCUGAGUGGAGAAGUUGAUUUGGAGGAAACCAGUGUUAUACACAUAACUGAUGCAUCUGAUCAACAGAAUGGGGAAAAAGCAAUGGGUAUUGACAAAUUGAUAAUAACCGACUCCUCCUCUAACUGUGAAGCAGGGCGUAGGAGUGGCAUACAUAAUCCUGAUGCAUUGUUUGUUGGGAUGAUAUUCAAGUGUAGAGAAGAUUUCAAACAUCAUAUGGCAAUAUAUGCAAUCCGUAACAAGUUCCGUUAUCGGAGCACCCGUUCGGCCCCUGGUUAUAUGGUUAUUCGAUGUUUCAGCCAAAUGUGCAGUUGGCGAGUGUAUGCUGCCGUUUUAAAAAACACUCUAUUGUAUGAAGUGAAGACGGUUAAUUUAACCCACUCUUGCAGCGUUGACGAUCGUGCAGGGUAUCAAGCACAAGCAACUCACACGGCGAUUGGUGGGAUAAUGAGGGCAAAAUUUGCGGGAAGGGGUGGAGGGCCACGUCCAAAUGAAAUUAGGAAAGCAAUGCAGGGAGACCACGAUGUUCACAUUUCAUAUUGGAAAGCAUGGCGAUUGAGAGAGGUUGCUUUAGACUACGCAAAAGGCUCUUUUGGUGCUUCCUAUAAUCUACUACCCACUUACCUUGACAAGCUAUUACAUGCUAACCCUGGUAGCAUUGCACAGCUACACACCGAGUAUACAGAAGGGGUAGGGCAUAGGUUCAAGUAUAUGUUCCUUGCGUUGGCUGCAAGCAUUGCAGGAUACAGAUUUAUACGGAAAAUUGUAAUAGUUGAUGGAACACAUCUCAGAGGUAAGUAUGCUGGAUGUUUGCUGGCAGCUUCAGCACAAGAUGGAAAUAAUCAGGUGUUCCCAUUAGCUGUUGCGGUGGUCGAUGGAGAGAAUGAUAAAGCAUGGGAAUGGUUUUUUAUGAACAUUUCCCAGUUCAUUCCAAAUAACUACGAGAUUGUUUUUGUUUCGGACCGACAUCCAUCUAUUUACAACGGUAUUUCUAAGGUUUAUCCCUUGGCGGGCCACUGCGCAUGCAUCCUCCACCUUAAAAGGAAUAUAAGAACUUAUUUCAAAGAUAAGCACUUGGGCUAUAUGGUCGGGAAGGCAGCACGGACGUUCAAACGUUCGGACUUUUACAGUACAUUCAAUGAGAUUAAAAAUGUUAAUGCGUCAUGUGCUGAGUACUUGAUUGGCAUUGGAUUCCAACACUGGGCAAGAUCUAUGUUCGAAGGUAACCGUUACAACAUAAAGACUAGUAAUGUCGCAGAGACGUGGAACUCGGUUUUACGUGACGCUCGAGAGUACCCAAUACUUUCCCUCAUCGAAUAUAUAAGGGAAAAGCUUAUGUCAUGGUUUACUUCAAGGAGACAGCUUGACAGAGGGGUGGAUAAGAGUUUGACCCCACAUGUGGAUGCCGUAGUGGCCGCCAACUUUGAAAGGAGUGGUGGACUUUGGGUUACACUGAUUGCAGAACAGGAAAAUGAGGUUAGGGACAAGGAGGGGGCGACUUGUCAUGUUAAUUUAGUUGAGAAGACAUGUACAUGCUGUGAGUUUCAGGCCCUCUUAAUCCCAUGCAGCCACGCGAUUGCUGCGGCGACUAGGAACCAUAUAAGGGUUAAUUCACUUGUGGGUGAGUGUUAUAGGAUGCGCACCUACCAAGCGGCUUAUGCGGGAGGCCACCUGGAAGACCGCGGAAAAAUAGGAUCUUAUCUAGGGGAGAAUUCGAGAAGAAAAGAACGAUGUGCAGCAGAUGCAAGUGCCACGGUCAUAACCGAGCUACUUGCAAAAUGGCAAUAUGAUGUUGCUAGUGUUUCCAAAGGAAGUAUGUCACUCGGUUGAAAGGUGUAUGCAUGUGAUGGUGGUGUUUAACCGGAUAUAUACCCGGAAUACUGUCUUUGUAUAAUAUUAACCAGUUUACGGGUUGAGGCAGGUCCAUGUAGUAUACCGAGUUUAUGUGAUAAAUAAUGACUCCUUCCUUUUGU